GUAUCACUCAUUCAGGCAUCAUCCCAACAAUAUCCAUGUAACCGAAUUCGAGUAUACCAUUACGUAGACAACGGUAGCUUUGUUUCCGGUGACGUUAAGGAAUGGCGCCCUUUGUGAUGUCAUUUAGACGCGCCAGCGGCUGGGGGAUUGUGUAAACAUGUCGCUGGUGUUCGUACCGGAGAGGUUGAGAGGCAGAGGCCAGGUUGGAGAGGAUACUGUACAGAGAUUGCUGGAAGAAAAUGACCAACUGAUCCGCUGCAUUGUUGAAUAUCAGAACAAAGGCAGAGCUACAGAAUGUUCACAGUACCAGCAGAUUUUGCACAGAAAUCUUAUCUAUUUGGCAAGUAUAGCAGAUUCAGGUGCCACUAACACAGUCACUAAUGCAGUAAAACCAGACACUUGAUUUCCUAGCAGGUCCACCUUUCCUUAAGAGAAGAUUCAAGAAUGCAGAAUGGUAGUGGAUUUCAGCUGAAAAAUUACUGGGGGAAACAUCCAUACAUUUAAAGUAUACUCAUAGUGGGUCCAACAGAAAAUUGAAAAGAAUACUUUAAUCCUAAAUAAUAAUAACAGGAUUUAAUAUAUGUACAUUUAUUUGUCCUGCUAAGCUUUAUCUCCAGACCAUGAACCAUAAAAACCCCAGGGAGAACCACACUGAGCUGACAGGCCUGCAUGGGCGGGAGGGACAGCCCUGCUUUAGCUCAUCCUGUUUUAAGACAAUGGCACAUAGGGCAUUCUGGAGUUGCCUUAGGGAGACAUGAAAGCAUCAAAACUCCUUUACCUGUCAGUGUCAUGAAAUGUUGAGUUGUGCUUUGGUGUCCUGCUACAUUUUGUCUGUAAUAAACUGCAAAAUUGCUAUUCUGAUUGGUGACAGGCUUGAAGGUUUCUAAGGUCGUAUUCUUUGCAUUUCCUGGUACUCUCUCUGUGUACAGUUGAGUUGAUUGUGACUGCGGAGAUUAAAACAGGCCCAAUAGAUGGCGGUUUCCCUUACACCAAUAAGAAUUUUGUUUUAAUUUGUCCUUUUAAAACUAGUUAAUUGGAUACUCAUUAGCUCCCUCCUAAUUGAAGCUGUUGGCAUGAAGUGCUUUUUAUACAGAUUGUACCUGUUCUUUGUUAUAGUAACAAUGUCACUCAUUUUUCCAUUUUUACUUAAAAAAUACAAAUGUACAAAAUGCCUUUAAACUGUGGUUUUUUGUUUUUUUUUAAAUGUGAUAAGUACUUGCAUUGUCUGUUUCCAGCUUAAACAAAAUAAAGGUGCUGUUACUAUUUUGUAAA